UGAAGUUAAAGAAGUAAAACACUCUGCCUUCACUUCUGAGCUGGAGCGAGUGACAGCAGCGUCAAAAACGCGAGUAGACGCGCGACUUUAUCUUUGUUUUUAAAGGUGAUUCACCCCACGAGAGAGCGGGACACUUGACCACCUGUGAGCCAUGGAAGAAGACGCGACCCGCGCCGAGCCGAGCAGCGUCUCCGGCAGCACCCACACCAUCCCGCAGGCGCAGCAGCAGGAGAACACGGAGCUCCUCAUCCCGAGCUUCACCCCGUCCUCCGCCCCGUCCUCCCCGACCCCAACCAGCACCCUCUCCCGCAUGGGCUUCAAGAGUCUCACCAGCCCGACCUCAGCCGUGCCGGGCAGCCCCGUCGACCGCGGCCAGGUGAGCGCCAUCACCGUGGUGGCGCUGCUGGACAAACUGGUGAACAUGCUGGAGGCCGUGCAGGAGAACCAGCACCGCAUGGAGCAGCGGCAGGCCGACCUGGAGGGCGCGGUGAAAGUCGUGCAGGGCGACGUGACCCGGCUGUCCAAGACCCACGUUAGCACCUCCAACAGCGUCAACAAGCUGCUGGAGCGCUCCCGCAAAGUGAGCGGACACCUGAAGGAAGUGAGGGAGCGCAUGGACAAACAGGCGGUCCAGGUGAAGAAGCUGGAGGCCAACCAUAACCACCUGCUGAAGAGGAACCACUUUAAAGUGCUCAUCUUCCAGGUGAGGGAAUGAAGUGUUAGCAGACGAUAGAGGAAGCACAUUAACUUGUUUAGAGGGCCCUAAAAACCUCUCUAACCCACAUGUCUUAACUCAUAUUUUAUCAGGAUACAGACCUAGUUUCUCAUUCUUACGCCUGAUGAUUGUUAGCUUGUUAUGCUCACUCUGUCCCUCUGCUUUACUAACACACACCUGCUCUUAGCUCUAUUAUGCCACUUUUUAACCAUCAGAAAUCAAGAAAUACAUGAAAACGCUGGAUGAGUUGAUCAAAAAAGUAACUUUAACCUGCUUUUUUAACUUUUGUCAAGUCUGUUAGCUCAACAAUCCUGAUAGCAAACUUUUCAUAGUUAUUGAUAUCACUUGCAGGGCUUGACACUAACUUUUUUCACAGGUAGCACACAAAGAACUUUAGGGGCACAAUGAAAAUUGAUCAAAUAACGUUUGUCUUAUUGGUCGACAUAAGUACUAUUACUAUUACUAUUACUAGGAAAACAGCCUUUUAUGAGAAAGUCAAUCAGUAAUUAAUUGAUGGUCCCUUAUUCAACACCCGACGUUGACAGCAAGGAUGCCGAGUAGAUUCAACCGCGCUGCUGUUGCCAUUCCCGGUUAUGGAGAGUGAGAAGACACCGGUAGAUUCGCAGUGAAUGUCCAUCGGAUAUCCAACUUAAAACUAACUUCACCGCAGUAUUUACAUUAAAAAAAACAAACAUAUAUUUUUAUCUUUAAAAUAUCUACCUUUUCAAACUAUUUUGACUCCAAAUGUAAGUUAUGCCCUACUUAGACCUAAUGAAAACAGCAGUAUAAAGUCUAGAGGCCAUUUCCAAAAAUAAUAAAAAAAACAAAAAGUAAAGGUGUGGUGAUGUCUUAGUGAUGUCAUCCGGUUUACCCAAUAGGGUUUAAGCUAUAGGCUAUAUUUGUAUCCUGAGUUACAAACUAGAGGAGUGGGGUUUCAAGUAUGUUGGCAUUUAGCAUGCAACUCGAUAGCUUCUAUUGAAAGACACUAUCAGGUUGCAUUCUGGGAGAUGUAUUACCUUUGACUUUUUUGAGCUAUCCUUUUGUCGAUGAGUAAAGAAAUGUCUGAUUUGACCAAACUUGAUAAAGAGUGAUCAUGUAAAACUUUUUGCAUACAUGAAUACAUUUGCAUGUCAAACUCCUCAUGUGAACUCAUUCUGGUUCGUGUUUGGAUGUUCUUGUACGUCAUAUUUGCAUCAAUAUUUGACUGCAGUAGUGGGUGUGUUUGGAUUUGUUCCUGGUUGGCACUGAAAGGCGAUAUAGCUUUGGGCGAAAAGCACUUUGACAUUUUCGGCUCUUAAAACUCGCUGAACAGGACUUACACAACCUGGUGAGCUCGGUUCACCUGCGAUUAAAUGAGAUGUUUGCUGUUUUUCUAACUCAUCCAAAUACACCUGGAGAUACUCACGUUAAUGUACAAGCUCAUGUCCACUGUGAGUGAGUUGAGUGAGUGAGUGAGUGAGUGUGUGUGAGAGAGAGUAGAUGGGUGUGUCUGGGAAUGGAGCUAUAGAGGAUAAUAGAGGAGGGCUCAGACACUGACUCUGACUGGAUCUGUUUACACCCCACGGUCAUGAUUCAGGCAGACAGAUGGCUUUUAGUUGGAUCUCGCACUUCAACCGUCGUAUCAUACCUGUGAGGGAAAACUUUAUACUGGCAUUAAAAGAAAAAAGCGAUAAACAAACCAAUUUCCCCGGGAAAUUACGAGUGGAAAAUGCACCCUACCUCUCCCUUAUUAAAAGGCGUAAAUGUGGCGUCGACUUUCAUUUCUCAUGCGUGUAAAAGACAGAGUGUUAAAGCUGGAUUCCCUGCAUGCACUGAUGACAUUUGUCAUACGAAUAUUGUGCAAGAUCCACUCUGUCAGUGGCAGAUUCAUCUCAACCCAGCCAUUAAAUCGUGAUCUCUGCAUGAGAGAGUGCAGUUUUUUUUUUCUUUCAGGCUCAUAUAUGUGUCUGUGCGUGGGUGCGUCUGAGCGUGUGCGUACAAGUGUACACCCAGACAGCUAAAGGAGGUGGUGGUGGUGGUGUGUGUGUGUGGGGGGGGGAAAGGGGUGGCAUUGUUGACACAGCCUGGGCCGCUGAGAGCUCUUAACCGCCGUUGUUAUCUGGUUUCCCAGGUACUGAGGCUCUGUUGUUCAAAUGCAACAGGUGCCAAGACCUCGCUGUGUACAAGGUGGCUCUGUGUGUCUGUAGGCGAGGCACAAGGGAUCAAUCUGAUUGAAUUGAGUCACUUUUUACAACCUGAUGAGUCCUGUUGCUUUAAAACCUUGAAUGCAUCAUCAAGUAAGGUUUUCCCUUUCUGCAAAUAUAGAUUUUGUCUCCUCUUUUUCUUAAAGCAGGUGAAUGCAUUUAUCUAAAGUGUAUAUCAUUAGUUCAGUUCUGUUUAGGCCCCUGUUCAAAGUGCUGACUCGAGUUUCUACCUCUAAUUUUGUGGCGAGCUAAGCACGGAGGAUUUGUCGAAGGGUGUAGCAGGGCCAGGCCAGGCCAGGCUAGGGCGUGUGUGUGCAGCAUGUGCGUGCGUGCAACCUGCCCAUUGGAUGUUAAGCUGGUGUGUCGGGUCAGGUGUAUGCAGUUACUGCGCAGGUAAAUGAGACUGCGUGCCUGUGGGUAGCAGGAAAUAAAAGAACUAAGAGCAUGCCUUGUUCCUUCUCCUCUCUAAGUUUGUGUUGACUUUUCGCGUCUGUUGCUACCUGCCUCACCUCCUCUCUUCUUUUACCUUCAGGAUUUUGUCUUUGCUUGAUUAUCUUCAUCUUUUUGGUUUAAACACAAACAUCUCACAUUUUUUGUUGCUUUCUGCCUUUAUCUAAACUCGCAUGUGACCUAUUUGGAUGUGGUCAAGCCACCUGUCUCGAUUCCCUGAAACCAGAUAAAAGCACACGGCGCCGCUAGCCUCACGCUACUCUUUUGAUAACGUGCUUUGCCGCACACCCAAGUGCCUCAAACGCACUUCAUAAGCCCUGUAGCUAUUGGCAGAGAGGCCCUCCUCUGUCCCUCCCCUCCCAUUCUAACUGAUCCAGAACACUCAUCACCCUGUAUGUGCCAGUUGAGGUGGAAAACCUGGGGGUUUGUGGGUAAACUCCCACUAUCGCAUAGAGCAAGGGGUACGCCAGGUCCAGGCUUUAGCGUCAGUCGGUCCUGAAUGACAGUGCUGCCUGCCGCUCCACUGCGUUCCUGUACAUAACAAGGACUAAUGAGGACUUAAUUACCGCUGCUUUGGCCUUGUUUGUUUGUUUUUGUGCACCAGUGCUUUCCUGUCUCCACUCGGCCCCGCCCACUCUUGGCCUUUUCUUCUCCGCUCACACACACAGAGUCAGGACACACACGCUCCCUCGCCAUGUGAGAUUCCAGCGCGUACAGUAGAGAGGCUGUUGCUGUAAUUCAAGAUUCGAGAUUAUUUCCCUUUUAUUUAUAAGAUUAAACUGGAGUUUUCAGAUAUCAAAUAAUCACUCUGGAGAUCCUCAAACUUAUCUUAUGUGCCGUACGUGACUUGCAUUUCCUGGGUCGAGGUCAUUUAUGACUAAAGAGAUCUCUAUCCUCACAUCUGCGUUUAUUCUCACAACAAGAAUCAAGUCGACCACAAUGGCAAAUUGAAUUUCAGCUCUAUAAGAAUUUCAUUUGUUCCCUAGCUUUACACAGAAGAGCCCGAGUCUAAAUUGUUUGAUACUGCGCAGCGAGAGGGGAGUCCCGGGGUGGGAUGGGAAAAGGAUGUUUGGUGAUUGUCUGUACGUUUGGGAGCUCUAAUCGCAAAGUGACAACCGUCAGAGCUCAGGCACACUAUCAAAGAAUGUUCAUAUCACACGGCGGGGAAAGAGAAACACGCUCACAGGCCAAACUAAACAAGAGGACUGCAGGCUUGAAAUGCAGGUUACUCUUACAAACUUACCUUUUGUUAAAUAUUAUUCAUGUAUAAACUUUUUUUGUAGUCACUGAAAAGUUAAAACGACUUCAAUGUGAGUCUCCAGAGUGUGCAACUCUGCAGCCUCUCACCACACCCGGCCCGACCUGUCGCUCUGUGCAGAAGUUGCUCAUGAGGUGAUUGCGUUAACUUCAGUCAUUGUCACUCGGUUUGCUUUUCUACCAAUCAUCUUUGUGUUUGCGGAUUGACACUUGACCAAAGGUUGUGACUUAAUCUUCGCUUUCAGCAGCAGCAGGAAGCGAAGGCUGUUUUUCUACACUGAUUGUGCUCUUAAGAUGGAAGACAAACUUGUACCUCUGUUCCCAGCCUCGCCCUGAGCUUUUCAAUUCAGUUUAUGACAACACGCUCAAAACACGGAACGAAAAAGAAGUAUUGGCCCCAUAAAUAAACGAAUAUCAGUUUUAUUAUAUGUACAUGUACUACAUGACAAAGUAGAAGCCUUACCCCCACUUAAACUUCUGGAGACACACCCUGCGAAACACAACAGCAAGAGAAACGGCGUGCUUGUAUCUGUUGAUUGAUUUUAAUGUAAAGUAUUUUCCUAUUAGAUAUAUCCGUGCAGAGAAGUAAUAAGAUAUAUCAGUGUACUUUCAGUGAAAGAUUUGCAUGAGUUUAGUGCAGAUUAUUCCAAUAUAAAACCAAAUCCAUCUCCACAGGUUGGAGCAGGCCGCUGGCUGGAGGCUACGGCUCAGAUUUGUUGUGUGUGUGUCCCGACCUGAUGAUAUAUUGCACCAGUUUAUAGCCCAGAGCGGUGCUAGCUGUUUCAGUGCAUUCAGAACGACUUGGUUGUAAGCUUUUACUGAGGGAUGUGUUUAAAGCAGCAGGGUUUAAUUCAAAGAAACAGGCUGAUUACUGUCGUUACCAAGAAGCAGAUAAACUGAUUGUUAUCCUAGACACAUAUUUAGCAGUAACAAGACAGUGGCAUCUAAGUAGAGUUUGUCUAUCCUGGAUGAACACGUUACAACGGAGUAUUCGGGCCACAUCAAGGAAAAAAAAAAGAUUUUGAGAUUACAGUUGUAAUAAAGUAAUUACUUUCGAGUAAUAGGUCAGAAAAAAGUCCCUAUAUUCGAACCUGUUGUGUAAGAUGACAGUUGGUGAAAUGAGAGCCAUGGAGCAUUUCGUGAAAAUGUGCUUAAAAAUAGGUUUCCCAAUCAAGGAGAUACUUUAUUUUUUGGCACAUCAGCACCACAUUAUCAUAAGUAUCAUAAUGAUUUUAUUACGACGUUAUUCUUGUUAGUUAUUACUUUAUUAUGACUUUAUUCUUGUAAGUAAUGAUUUUAAUACAACUUCAUUCUCAUAAGUAAUUACAAUAUUACAACUUAAUUCUCGUAGGUAAUUACUUUUCUACGACCUUAUUCUCAUAAGUAAUUACUGUAUUGCGGCUUUAUUCUUGUAGGUAAAUACUUUGCUACGACUUUAUUCUUGUUUUUAAUGACUUUAUUCUCGUUUAUUAUUACUUUAUUAUGACUUAAUUCUCAUAGGUAAUUACUUUUCUACGACCUUAUUCUAAUAAGUAAUUACUUUAUUGCGACUUCAUUCUUGAAGGUAAAUACUUUGCUACGACUUUAUUCUUGUUAUUAAUGACUUUAUUCCCGUAAAUUAAUGACUUUAAUCUCAAAGUAUUAAAUUAAUUUUUUUCUUAAUCUGGCCCUAAUACCCCGUCGUAACACGUACACAAACUCUGCAGGUAAACUUCGUCAAAGAAGUUUGUGAGCAUGCACAGUCAGCACCAUUGUUUGCCUGAACCAUGCGAUCUUUAAUCUGUCAUCUGGGUCUGUUUACAUCCAGGUAGUGGAGCAUUAUCGCACCAUAACUGGGGUACAGCUCUGCCUAUUGGAGAAAAACUGCACCGACAACAUGAUCAGCCUACAAUACCAUCCGAACAUUUUAUAUAGCUAGCUAGAAACUUUCUGUGAAAUGUUAACAAGCUUUUGCAAAGUUUGUGAUUUUCUGUGUAGUCUAGGCAGCUUCUGUGUGUCUCUAGAAAUGCUUAUUUGGCUGAUUGGUAAUGGAGAUUAGUGACCUUAAAACGAGUUUCCAGUCUGUAAACAGAUGCUGCAGGCCUGUUAAAAAUCUCCCUCAGUACUCUUCAGAUUGCGUACUUUAAAGCUGAAAAGAAAUGCUGCGUUUAUGUUUGUUUAGCCCCGUCAGCUCCUUACAGUACAAAAGAUGUGAUAUUCUUACAUUUUAUCCCUCAGACUCAAAGCUUGGAGUGGAAGUCGAAGCAUUUUUAUGAGGCUGCUGUUGGAUGUAAAGCUCUGAAGGGUAAAAUUGGGCUCAGUCAGAGCAGUCUAACCAUAGUCUGCAGCCUUUAAGGCAUGCUUUACCUCAUGAACAAUGCUGUUUGUUUACAGCGUGGCUUCUUGCUUUUGUUAUCAUUCUCUUUCUCCCUGUGGGGUUCAUUCUUUAGAUAAUCCCCAUGGGUUUCCAGAGCAGAAAAUACAAAGGGAAGAAGAGAGAAAAAGAGAGAUAAAUAUAGAGAGGACAAAGACAAAAGUGCAAAAAUCGUCUAUUUUUGUCGAGCAGUGAUAACAGGCUGUGCUAACACCAACGUGAGUUUGGAUAAGAGAUUAAAAUUAGUUUUGCAAACUCAGAGCGAAAAGCUCGCAUGUGGAUUAGGAAGAAUUAACUGAACUGCUCUCUCUUCUGCCUGAUGUCACAUUCAGGUUUGACAAGUCCGCUCAACUCUUUCGGUCUCUGAGGCAAGUUUGAAACUGCAGAUUCUCCAUGUGAAAGGCCAGUUUUAACACAUCUCACAGAGGGGUGAUCAGAAUUCACACAGCCUGAGCCUCCCUUUAUCUUUUGUUUUCAUGAAAUUUCGCUUUUUAAUCAUCGAGAAUCUGUGUUUUAUAGAUAAUUAAAGGUGUCAGUUUGUCAGACGGUCUGUGGCCUGAAAGCAUAUCCUACAUUGCACUGCACUUGUUUUCCUCGGAAAUGCCAAGAGCACAUUUUAAACGUGUCUUUCAUUGUGACGCAGGUAUUAAUACGAUAAUAGCAUUAAGCUCUUUUGCAGACUUGUACUCACAUGUACUUUUUCAAUCCAACUUGCACUUUUUCCCAUUGAAAUUUCUCUUUUCUCUCUCGUAGAGCUCAGAAACAGGAUAAAAAGAUUGAAAAAGGUGGUGACUUGUUGAAGAAAUAAAGUUCUAGAUGCAGUUCUGGGAGAUAAUUGGCUGGUUUUCGGCCAAAAGUGCUCAAAGUUUCAUUACACAGCCGCACAAACCGAAACCAGAUCUUCUCUUUUGACUCCUCCUGUCAUCAUUCCUUAAUAAGCUCGCUACAUAUCUGCUCCUUUUGGACUUUUUAAGCCAUCCAAACUUAAACCAAGGCCACAACAUCCAUAGCAGGAAACGGGAAAACAAUAGUAAUGAUGAAUCUCUCUCGGGUAAAAACAUGACAAUAACAUGUCCUGAGAUAACACGUUGACUGCCUGGCUCCUCUGUGGACACUCAUACCCUUUGACCUCUGUGUGGGGUGAACACUGUGACAAUUGGUGGUAACCUUAUCAAACAUGCCUCUGCCUCACGGGCUCGUAUUGAACAAUGGCUCCCAAACUGUGCCGAUUGGAUUGCAAUGGAGCAUUGUGCAAAAGGGGGGAUUUCUAGAGAUUUGAACAAAAUCCCUAAAGGAGAUUAGUUUUAUCAUGAAGCAGGGUAAAACCAGCUGCAAAAACAACUUUUAAUGUGCUGGUAAUUUUCAUAGGGACACUGCUGAAAGCUCAUUUAUUGCAUAUGCAGAGGAUAUGGUGCAUGACAAGCAAAGGGAAGUGCAAGUUGAGCGAUUUGAUUUAGUUAAUGUGCGGUAAGUGACAAGAAGUGCAAUGGUCCAGUCAUCCGUGGGGCCAUAAUAAUGAAUACCAUGCUGUGUUAGAAUUAAUUACGAGGUAGCAUAUGUUGGGUUAUGCUAAAUGUGUCAUCAUCCAAAGUGCACAGCCUGCCACCAUGUAAAUUACGGGUUGGCUGACCACGUUCUUCCAGACGUCCAACAUCAUCAUUUCUGUCAUCAGAAAUGAUCCUCUCUGGAUUUCUAUGAUCUACUUUCCACCAACGCGUCAGCACUAUACCGCGCCGCCUCAAUCGCUUAUUGUGUUGUGUGAUUACGCAAGAUGGAAGGCCAGUAAACACGUUUACUUUUGGUGAGGCAGAUAAGGGAGGGGUGUGAAUGAGAAUGAAUGCCCUAACUUGUUGUGUGUGUUUGGCCAAGAGGUACAAAUCACAACGGGCAAGACAUUUUCUGAUGGAGUACUUUUGCCACUUUUGUGCAUAAGUCUUUCUAAGCAUGUUGGGAAAUAAUUUUACCCAUUUUUAGAAGAAUGCCUCAAAUAUUUCAAAGUCCAUUUGUGAGUCCCAGGGAGUGUAUACACUCCCAUACUCUGUGUGUGUACAGUACAGUGAGAGUUUAUCAUGUUAUCCAGUCCCAUGACAAAUAGCAGAAUUCCAUUUCCUCUCCUCCUUCCUUCCUCAGCCCACAGAUGGCUCCUCGUGCGCAUUAGGUUAAGGGUGGAAGGUUUGCGAUGUUAUGUAACAAGACGGGUUGGGGUAAUCUUUAAAACAACGCGGCGUGCUUUAAAAGGGAGGAUGCAAUCAAAACAUAUGUAGAUGAAGGCAAAUUUGCACAAGGUUUCACGUGUCUGCAGCUCUCCCUUGAAGAGGUAGAGUGUGUUGUGAAUAAUGAGAAGAGGAAAAAGGUGGAAUAUUCAGAGCUGGGGAUUUGUCUGCAGCCCUUAGUUAAAAAUGAACCCAAAAGUCCUAAUUUCAACACCAGCUUUUCUGUGAGCCUUUUGUCUCCUUCAUUAUGUAACCAAAUAAGAUUCAGGGGCUUAACUAUGGCAAACAGCUGAUACCUGAAUGUAUCUGUGUGCAUUAGUAGUGGUGUACCGUCUCUGAUGUAGUCCCUUAGAGGCACCUGACUCACUGUGCCAACACACCUGCCCUGACCUCACCUGUUCGAAUAAGGAAAACCUUUAUUUAUCCUUUUAAGACUCAGGAAAACAAACCUUUUAAAACAGCAAACAUAAAUCUACUUACAGCUGCCUCCCUCCCUCCUGGAAGGACGGCUUCCUAUUUUCAUUUUUCUUCCUUUUCUGCACAUUUCUGGGCACUCUUCCUGAGUCAAACCUACAUAAAGAGUGAGGGGAAAGUGCUGACAGAAUCAAGCUGGUCUGGAAAAAUGUCACGCUAUCGUAAAGUAAGCUGCCGACUGAUAAUGGGAGUGGGAUGUACCAGGAGUUUUAUGGUACUAGAUGAUGAAGAUCCCUCUAUUAAAUACACCCACACUAACAUAUAUAGUACAUAUGUGAUAAUAAAAUGUAAUGUAUGAGUAGGGCUGGGUUAUAAAAAUAAACAGUAUAUCAACCUCCCCAUGAGGAAAUAUGUGGAUAUAGUCAUAUUGCACCAUAAUUUAAACACCAGAGCAUUUUUUAAUUAAAAUAUAACAGGGAAGAGUUACUGAGCUUUGCUUUUCAUGUAUGAUGAGUGGGAUGCGGCUCUUGUCUGUGCCAGCACUUUGAUGUUAGUUUGCGUACACAUCAAUAUAAGGGAAACGGGAAUAAGGCCAAGAGACAGUCAUUACAUGCAGCUCUCUGAAGACGGAGUGCUGUGUUCGGGUUAAAUACAGUAUAUUAUAUAAAGUAAAAUACAAAAGAAGAAGAUGUCAAAUGAAAAUGAUGCAUCUGUUAAGUUUCCCAGCUGGUUAAAUGACUGAUUGAUAUUUUAGAUGUUGUGUCCAAGCUGUAGCACAGUUAGCUGGAGUUAAUGCCGUGAUGCAGUGAUAGCUACCCUGCAGAUGGCUGAUAGUUUUGUCGCACAGCUUUUUAAAGUCCCACUCCAAUCGUUUUCUUUUUUUUUACUACUUUAAGUGUUCUCAGUGGUCUGUAAAUUGUGAUUAUGAGGUUUUUAGCCAAAAUUGCCUAACCUGUGUCAUUAGCUCCAGUAGCUCAUUAGCAAUUCGCCUCUGAGUCGUGGGCGGAGACAGCGCUGCCCUGCACACUCCUCUUCACGCUAGCUUGUAGCCUGACAUUGUCGGUGUAGUAGAAGUAGCAGGUAACAUAGGAGCUAUUCAGCUCUCGGACACUAAUGUCUUUGGGGACAUGAUGAACGGUAAUAUCAUAAAUAGCUUUCUUAGGAGCAUUGCAAUCUGCUAAGACACAUGCUUGUUCCACUAUCGUCCUCUCUAUUUCUGGCUUGCAUAGUGGGGCUCUGGGGGCGGAGCUUGGAUUUGCGACAUAGGAAAUCUCUCUGGGUCUGUGAGAGAUUCACAGCGAUUUGAAUGCAGAAAUACUCAGACAUGCAAUUUCGCACUUAUUUUUCAUUUUGAACAUGUAGACAACAAGAAAAACAUGAUUUUCAUCAGAGUGGGUCUUCAAAUCAACAAUCAUUAGAUCCUCAAAGCUUGGAAAUAAAUCACUGUAACACAUCAGGGUCUGUUCUUACCCUUUUUCGUGGGUUUAUUUUUGCAUAACCACCAGCUAACAUUACAUUACCCUUUGGUUAAGCUCCUGUGAGGAACUUUCAUUUUGUGUUAGCUUUGGCGCCCCUGUGGACAAAGCGGUCUUUGCUUAUCUCUUCCUGUAGAUGUCUUCUGACAGAGAGAUCUCACCCUGCUGAUUUUUCACCACUCUUUAAAAACAGAUCUGUUUCUACACAUGCUCAGUUGACACCUACCCCCUCGCACCAGUUUCAGGCAUUAAAAAUCACAAUAUAGAAGUCCACAAAAAACUCCUCACAGGAGCUUUAAUAUCACGCUGAGGUUGAUGAAAGAAUAGCAGGUGUUUAGACGCACACCAGAAAGAUAUUUUGACUUGCUAGUGGCGUUAAGAUCAAAAGUCAGGGUAUCACCAAUGUACGCAUUGUCAGACACAUAAACAAAGGCAAGAGAACACACGCACAUGCUAGAGUAUAGAAUAUCCUGACACAUAUUGUCUAAAGAGAAACACACACACACGGAGUAACGUGAGCCUGUGUUGAGCUCUUUCAAUCAGGAGGGACUCCGGCUCUGCCCCACCCUGAUGUCUCUCUGUUUGAAACAAGGAGGACGAGUAGGAAGGGGUUCAGACUUAUACAAGCUCUGCCUUGAUGACACCUAGCAGGACUUGCAAUUAGGCGACAACUCUACCAUGCAACUGUUAAAUGAGACCACGAACUCAUUACAUAAGCCUACGAAAUAUCACUGGAGCAUGUGCUAUUGAACGUAAAAUAAACCUACUGUCACACUACAUUAACUUUGUUUUUGCCGUGCUCCUAAUGUAUUUUAAUUUGCUUUCAGCUCGCACUCUUAAGCAGUUUUUUUAAAACAAUGGCGUAUGUCCAACAUUUCUGCACACAAAGACACUCGAGCACACACAUGCACACCCGUAUUAAACUCUCAGGGACUAAUGAGUGCUUGCUUUGAGGAUACAUUAAUUAACGGGGUUCCCAAGAGAAAAGUGCCAGACUGUGUCCACGUACACAGACACUCGCUCUGAGCGGACCCGGGUCAAACGGUAUUCAGGAAGAUUGCUGUUUGUUGUUGCAUGCCUGCCAAGAUAGUUAGGGGUUAAACUGGGGACACUCUCAUUUUGCAUUAUUGCACUGAUGGGCCGGCCAAACACAAAACUUGCAAAAACAAAUAGAAGAUUCAAGAAAGUCAAACUGUGGGAAAAGAUGUUUUUUUAGUUUCAAUUUAAAGGGAUUUUUUAAAGCUGAGUAAUUGUGCUGCAGGACAGCUCUGUGUUCUCAUCAGAGGGUGUUUGAGUUUCAUCUCCCGCCUCCCACACACUCCAGUACCCACACUGAUUGUAUCAAACAUGUUUGAGCCUAAUCAGAAAGUCUGUGGCAUGCCCAGACUGGAGCAGAGGUAUCUGAGAUUGAUUCUUUAGAAACCGGAGCACCACUGAUCAGUCAAGAAAGAUUAGCGUUUAUUAUCUGGGGAGCCUCAACUGAGGGUCAGGUGAGGCCGUAUUGGCUCUUAUUAUCUAUUCAUGACUGGUCAGACUUAGGCGAGCGCUUAAUCCUUGAGCUAUCUCACCCACUCCAUGCUGAUCAAGAUGACUUGAGGCCAAAGUAGAUGUGACAGUAAAGGUAAAAGAUAUUCCACCAAUAAGACAGUCUCCCGGUUUUUCCCUCUAUAACGUCUCAUGUAUUGAUUACAAAAGCUGUCACACACGUAGUUCCCGCCUUUUUUCAUUUAAUGCUGUAUGAACACGUCCGGGCGCUCUGUGGGUGUGGUGUGAGUCAGACCUACAGCAAACUGACUGGAGGGAUCAACAGAGAGCAAAACUGCGAGGGAGGAAUUAGAAUCCAGCUAAACUAGAGAUAGUGGAAACUGGAGCGCUUUCCCAAGGGGUUACCUUGGUUUUUUCUAGAUUUUAUGAAACAAACCUGUCCCCUCAGAGCGUUCCUUGGGACGAUAACGCCCCUGGUGGUUGUUAGAAAUCGAUAAAAAAAAAUUACAAACUGUCUACAUGCAGAGAAAAGCUGAUUUAUCACCAUCAGAAAACCCAGGCAGAAGGGGACAAGCGUAUGCGAUAUAUCAUACUUAGAUAAUUCACUUUACAACCCUUUACACCUGACGGCGCGGCCCCGUUCUCAAGCUUGUUGUUUUCUGUUAAAAACAUGCUGACAGAUUUAUUAGCUCUAACCGGGCGAUACCACUCAUGCUUGGCACACACCUGAACUGUGAAUCAUGCCGGCAUGUUUCAGACCAAGGCAAGAGGUAUCAGGUGUCUGCAAGGUGGUAGAAAAGGAGGCUUUUGUGUGGGUUUUUUGGUGCACGGUUAAAUUGUUUCAUUAAAAGAAGUAUGAACUGGAUCAGACUGAGGCGAAAUAGAAAUCAGACAUAAUCCUCUGUGGUCAUUUCAGACCACAAAGAUUAGGCGAGCCGGAUAAAUACAGGGAGUGAUGCAAAAGUUCUGAAAGAAGUUUAGGGAAGAAAAUAUGCUUAUGCUUUUGUGAUUGGCUGAUUCUUGUUAGUAUUAUAUUGACACAGUGGUAUCUAGAUGCCACAAUCACAGCCUCUUAGCCCCAUUUACUGCACAAUAUUGAUAUGACUAUCAUAGAUUCGAUCAUCUUGACAGGAGUGGGACAAAAGUGGCGUGACUUGGUUUCACCAUGACCUUUCACAGGUAUAACCCCAAUGUCCUUUUGAGCAAACUCCUUCUAAUGAAUGAAGGAACCUUCUCGACCAUCUGGUUGGCCCAGUCCUUCAGUAUGUGUAAUGACACCCCAGGAGAGAUGCAUUGUUGCGCACUCCUUUAACAACCUCAGGCAUCCUCAAACUUUAUGCAAUGCCUCCCGACUGCCGUGCAUUCUUUAAAAUGCAACCGUGCUUCGUUACAGACUCAUUCUUACAGUCAUCGUUCACAAAAACACAACCAUUGUUUAACGAGUGUCAUUCCAACAUGAUCAGGGGGGUGACUAGUACUUAAACCUGACAAAUGCUGAAGUAAAACAUCCGAAAUAUGAGUAUCCAAACACUGACAUGUGAGUAAGUUGAGUGUAAAUUCCACAUCCGAGUCACUUUUCAAACAUGCUCUUCAACUCUGACCUUAUCUCAGUGAAACCGUGAAAUGCAACAGUGUGAUUCAACUAGGAAUUAAACAUGUGAUGCUGUUCUAACAUAUAAUAUAUCCUAAAAAGCUAGUGUAAAAAGCUGUGAUAGAUUUGCACACAGAUUUUAAUACCUUGUACUGCUGCGUUAACCACGAUUUUAAACAGAUCAGAAUAUGAAGACCUUCAUUGGUAUGUUUCACUGUAUCCAUGUGUAUGCUGCAGAUAUGUCAGAAAACGAUUGAUUGAUAUCUUUAUUUCAGUCAUGUAAAUGAAACUUAAAAACAGUUGAACAUACAAGUAAGUGACAUUUAGAAAAAACAAAACAAAACAUUUUUAAGCCCCUAAGCUUACAUGAGUGAGAAGGAGUAGGAAGUAUAAACUUGUCAAAUCGUCCCCCCUUAAAUAUUGCUUUACCUCCUAACUCAAACUAUAACAUCGUCUUAAAUUAACCAAAAAGAAACACAAUCAUACCAAUUUUUUCAUACCAAUCUUUACAAAAGUAUUUACCAUACCCUGCACAGUCUUUCCUUCAAAAAAUCAACAAUCAUCUGACAUCUAGAGGUGAUUAUUUAUCCAUGUACCUCUGGAAAAUCAUUUUAACAGAAUUAUGCUCGAAAUUUUGUUUUAGCUCUUCACUCAAUCCAUUCCACAAUUGAAACCAAAAAGACAGGACCAUUAUAAAAUAUGAGUCCCUCUCCAGAACGUAUUCUUUCAGAUACAUAAAAGUGCUUUUGUUGGCCCUAGAUUGUAUUUUCUUUGGACAAAUUAAUGCCCCGAUAUAUAUAUAAAGACAAAUAUUAUAACUUAACAAUAUGGUGCUUGACACUGUGCUGUAUUAAGUGAACUCAAAAACCAAGCUUCUACUGUUUAUACCCUGAGCUGUUGCCGGUAGGGGGUCUGUCUUUACAAGAAUUUCAAAAGUGUAGUGGAGUAUGUCAACCACUGAGGCUGCACCUUCAAUCCACUCCUGGGUGUGAAAGGAUGGGGGCAACGUGGGGUGUGGACUGUAGGUCAUAAAUCCCCAGUGGAGUAGAACAUUGUAUGUGUAUGUGCGCUCCUGCAUGUGUGUAAUCGCCCGACCGUGCACGUAUGGACAGGCAACGAGUAAAAGGAGGAGGAGAGUGAGGCGUAACAAAGUGAAACUCCUGAUACUGACCCCGGUGAUCCCCACUCCCUCUGUUUUCGGUCAUCUCUGUGUUCAUGGAGGCAGAGGAGAUUUAAAAAAAAAAAAAAAAAGAGAGAGAGAGAGAGAGAAAAUUGAGAGGAGUGUGCGACUCCUGCAGAGAAACAGAUGGAAUUCCUCAGAUGUCUUGAGGAGAGAACUUGUAAGGCAUGCAGGGACUGGUUUCCUCAGUCCUUACCAAGCAGACCAAACCACAAUACAUUGUGUGAAGAGUGUAUUAAAUUCAUGUCUGAAUAAAAUUAUUCACCGAUCCGAGUCAGUUAUCAAUCUGAGCAUUAAAGAGCAGAGUGCACUUGUCAGCAGAACCUUGAACUGUCGCAGCAAUUUUUGCUAAUUCAGAAAAUAUUCCGGCGUAAAAUUAAUUUAGGGUCAAACUAGUGCUGGACGAUAAUUCGAUAACAAUAUAUAUCGAUCGAUAGACGUGUGGUGCGAUAGAAAAAAAACGGGUCGAUAAAAAGUUCGAUAGAAAAACACAGUUUCCCUUUCUUUUUCAUCAUAGCCUAUCAUGUAGCUUCUACUACAGUCAUUACUUCCUCCCAACCAAUCACAAACGCAGACCCAGGUACGCUACGGCACCAAGCCCAGCCCCUAUCAAACCACAACAGACAGCACGUGUAUUAGAAAAAAUGAUAGAGCAAGGAGAAGCGGAGGACAUUGUCCCGAAAAAAGGUUUCAGUAGUUCACCAGCAUGGCAAUGUUUUGGUUUUUAGAAGUCUGACAAAAAGCGAACAGCGGUCGUUUGCAAAAUUUGCAGAGAAUUAGUAAAAACCAAGUCUGGUAACACAACCAACUUGUUUUACCAUCUAAACCGAUCGCACCCGCAGGAGUACGAGCUGUGUCGGCCGCGCCGCGGCUCCACGUCAUCGUCGGAGGAAUCCUCUGGAACCGCUGCCAGCACAAAGCAUGUGAAGCAGACCAAACUGGACUUCGUUUCUUGCCAAAAUACGACAAAGCGUCCGAGCGGCAUAAGGACAUCACCCAUGCAGUAACAUGCUCCAUAGCGAGGGACAUACUGCCAAUAACUACCGUUGAAAAGCCUGGCUUCGACCAGCUUCUAGCCACUCUCGACCUGCGAUAUGAAGUGCCCGGCCGCAAGUAUUUCUCAAACACAGCGCUUCAGGCAUGAAAAUGGGUCAGGGGUUGAAAAGCUGAGAACGGUGCGGAGGAAAUACGUUCUGGUGUUGUUCCGUAGAAUGCACACAUGCAUCCCGUCCACUCAUUAGCUUCUUAAAGUGGAAGAAGAUGAGCUCAUAUUUUACAAAGACGCGAGUAUUUGGAUCAUGGCUACUAGCAGGGGGUGCAUUCGGCAGGGGUGCAUUCUACGACACAACACCGGCGUGGAUAAAUCCUGCUUCUCGUGCUUAGUUUGUGUAUUAAGUUAAUCACAUGAUAAUUAAAAAAAAAUAAAUCUCCCGACCCCGGGAGAAAUAUUUCAGUGUUCAGACACCAGGCUGUGGGCAGUUUCUCACACAGUUAAAACUGGUAGUAUGCUAUUCCCACCUAAAGCUAUUCUGUUUAUUUAUAUAUUUGUUUGUUUUGUUUAUUUUCAUCAAAAGACUAUUUAAAUAUUUAUUUAUCAGAUUUUCUGGUCACUUUAGUCUUUAUGUUUGUCAGUAUUUACUGACGUCACUCAGGCCACUUAAGUUGAUUUCUUUUUUUUUUUAGUUCUUUUUAAAAAAACUUUCAGUUGUGGUAAAAUAAAAAAGGUGGUUGAAUAAAGGUUUGAAUUUGAAUUCAGUGCUUGUGUGUUCUUUAUUAAAAGUAGGUCAUUAAGCAAUAGCAUAAAACAUCCAGGGCUGCAAUUAAAAUAUAUGUUAAAUAAUUAUAAUAAUUAUAUCGAUAAUUAUCGAUAUCGAUCAAUAUGAUUUAUUUUUUAUCGAUAUGCUUUUUUUCUAUAUCGUCCAGGCCUAGGUCAAACACACCAUAACACCGAGUUAGACAGCCCUGAGAGAGAUGAAUGUUGCAGACCGCUUGCUUCUCUAGUUAUACCAACUUUAGUAAUGACCGCAGGAUAGCAAUACACAGCGGCCUAUUAAACCAUACUCAAACCUCAACCAAAACGCCACUCCAUAGCCACAAAUAAUGCUCAGAACAGCACCUAACCUCAUCAAGAGUACAUAUAUUUUAUGAAGACCAUUUUUCCCAAACUAUAGCUUUUGAAAGUUAUUCAUGUGACUUCACUCUAAACCUCUUUGUUUCUGUCCUCUUCUCCAUAGGAAGACAAUGAGAUCCCUUCCAGCGUGUUGGUCAAAGACUCCCUCAAGACCCCACAACCAAGCCAGUAUGAUGCAGAAUCCAUCCAGCCUGCUGCAUCUAUUGCCGGUUCUGUUGAUGGGAGCCGCACCAUUGAGGAGGGUCUUCACACCAUCAGUCUAUCCUCCGAUGAGGAUGACGACCUUACUCACAAAGAGGGAGAAGAGCUGCUUGAGUGUGAGGAAGGAGUCGGUUUGGGCACCUCCCGCGGAUAUGAGAGAAGGGCUGACAAAUUCAAGCGCUCCAGCCUGAAGAAGGUGGACAGCCUGAAGAAGGCCUUCUCACGCCAGAGCCUUGAGAAGAAAAUGAACCAGAUCACCACAAAGAUCGUUCCACCAGAGAAGCGAGAGAAAAUCAAGAAGAGCCUCACCCCUAAUCAUCCCAAGAGCCCGACUGCCAAGAGUUCUUCCUUCAAAGUCACUCCCAUGACCUUCAAUGUAAAGAAGGUCCGAGAUGGAGAAGUUCCCACACAAGAGGUGGCCUCACUUGAGGAAGAAGCCCAUGUGGAAAUCCCUGCUAUGGAAAGCUUUGAUGGAGAGAUCCCUCUUGCAGAGGUGCAUACCCAAGAAGGCAUGGUGGAGGAAAUUCAGGAGAUGCUCAGACCCUCCACCCCAGAUAGCAUGAAGGCGGAGUUGGCUAUCAACGGAGAGGCGCCAGGCGUUGAGUGUGAGAUAAAUGGUGAUCGCUCUGCAGGAUUGGCAAUACCCGAAAAUGAUGAGAUUGUUGGGGAAGAUGAAGAGGAGGAGGAGGAGGAUGAAGAAGGAAAACACAAAAGCCCAGUUGAGAUCGCAGUAGAUGUUAAGAUGCCCACAGCAACAAUUACCGUAGACCAAGUGUCUUAAUAUGUAUGAUUGUAGCAAGCAUCAAUUCUAGUUUCCAGAUUUUUCUUCCUAAAAGUUCAACAUUUUUGGAGACAUAGCAGGCCCAAUCUGUCAUUAACCAUCUUGGUUUUUUUUCCCAUCACCUAUCUUCACCAUCUUUACACACCCCUAUAUAUCAUAAAGGCCAUCGUUGGACCAACAUACUCGAGAUGCACAUCCUUUGAUCACCACCAGCCUUGUCUAAAAGCCUUGAUAGAGUCUAACCAAGCAAGCUUUGCUACCAGACCUCACAGUGUAUCGGAAUUCAGUGCAAGUGCUUCCUAAACCCUGUAGAGGAGUCCAAAGAAAGCAACGUUGCGCCAGCACACCAUAACUCAAUCCAAUCAACGGGUGCCCACCUCUUCAAUAGCAGCACAUCUCCAGGGCGCUGGGCCAAAUAUCUCCCUCCUGCUCUGUUUGUCUGUCUCUGGAGCCCUCUUCCUCACUGACAAAUAGCCUCUUUGUUCUUUGUGUUUUUUGUGAAAAAUAGUAAAUCUUUGGCAACAGUGACCCUGCCCAAAGCCUGUUGGAGGCAGUGUGUUGCCUGGUUGUGCAAGAGUUGGAAUGGGAAGUUUCUGGGCUUAAAAGUAAGAAGAUCCUGGGGUGUUUUGUGGUGGACUAGAGGUUGUUUACUGAACUCUUUGGACCUGUGCUGAAAAAGCCCAGAUCUUAACUAACACGUGACUUUACUUCGGUUGUCCGAGUGGCCCUGUCUUGUCAGAUUACUUCAAUUGGGAUGUGUACUUUGUCUUUAUGAUUUAACACCUGACCUAGAACAGUAGACGUUGUAUGUGGGAAAUCAAAGUAUUUUACAUUGUGAUUGCCAGUUGAGUAACACUGAACCCCUCAGAGGUUAAAAAUUAGUUUGCUUAUAAUUUAAAUUUUCUUUUUAGUUGAUCCAGACCACCCAAAUUAUACUUAAUAAUAAGUAAUUAUGAAUUUAUCUCCAAAUACUAGUUUGAGUUUAAUCACACUGAUACAGCUGAAGGACACCAAUGCAGAAAGGAAGCCACCUUUUACAUCAUAGUACAUUGGUGACAUCAAUUAGCCUGCUGAUUUUAAUAACGAUGUUCUAAUUAUUACUUUUACUGCCCUUUGUCUUGUCUGCAAGGCAACUUUGUAUGUUUAUGUAUGUACAGGAAUUAUCUUGUUUCUUUAUACAUAAGGCCUCACUGCUCUCUAGGUAGUCAGAGCAUAUACUGUACACCUUAGGUUAGUGACUUUAUCAUAACUGCCUUAAGUUUGUGUACUUUAUAAAAUUUGUAUUUGUGUUUUUUUUUUGGAGUUACAUUCUGAAACUUGGGUGUUUGUAGGUUGUCUUUUUUUCUUUUAGGCAUCCACAGCUGACAUGUGAAGUGUUUUCUCAGUUUCAAAUGUUAGAGACGUGAACAGUAUCAGGGCGCCAUCGUUAAAUGACCUCCUCCUCAAUGCAAACACAUAUUUCUACAGUGCCUUUACCAUGCACAAGCUGGUAUGAGUGGUUGCUCUCCAGAGAGGAUGGAUUUCUCUCUCAUGGUGGAUUUGAGAGAUAGUAAAGCAUGCCUGGAUACACGCAUGACCCCAUACAUCUGAUUUAUUAGGCAGAUUCAAUACCAGCUACAGAAAAACAAAGUUUGGGCAUAUUUAUCAACAACCAACUUCAGAUUCAGACAUAGUCCCUGCAAGGCAAAGUUUCCUAUCUUGUUGCACAUCAUUAAUGCAAUCUCAGCCUUAGUUAGCAAUGCCAUGACUCCCUAAAAAUAUUCUAACAAGAGGCACCAGGUGCCAGGUAUCGAGAUACAAGAGGGGGUCAAAAAGAUGGAUUAAGGCACAGGACAGCAUUCCUAGCUUUGACUGAUGACUCCUGCUCGGCCCAUUUUUCAUGGUCUUGGCCCUCCUUCUUGAGACAGAGCAGAGCCACAGGUGUUCUGCCCCUGUGGAGGCUCCUGGGCAUGAGUUUGUGGUUGGAAGGGAGGGGUGAAGUGUGGGUGUUGGAAGUGUGAGGAAGUAAUUGGAGAGAAUGGUUAAAAAAAAAAAAAAAAAAAAAACUUUGACAAAGUUGCCUAAGGGUAAGGCAAAUGCACAGCUUGGCAGAAAAGAAGUUUAAAUUGUGAACGUCUGAAGUAAAUUGUGGGGGUUUACAUACCAGUACCUGGCUCUGCAGGAUUCCAGGACCUAUACUCCAUCACACCCACCAUACUUAUCCUCAAUGGAGCUGGAUUACAAGUGAGAGGAUUCAAGUACUUUGAUUUCAUAGCUAUGCAAUACCACGUUUUACUUUACUGAGGUCUACUCAACAGGAGAAAAGCAGCACACGUGAAAUAGCAAAAAUAUUUCCUCGUAGUUGCUCAUUUACUGCCUUUUACAUAACAUACUUCUUGUCUUACAAAAACUUACCUGCCUGUUUACUUAAAAAGAUCUGUAGGGAGAAUAUAUAAUUACAAAUAACUGAUUGUUCAAACUUGUUUCCAUGUUAAAUGUGCUUAGUCAUUCUAAGGCUCUCUUCUUUUGAUUCUUCUUUGUGUAAAUCAUCUCACUGAAAAGGGAUCGAACACUAGGCUUAUUGUGAACAUUACAUGUACUUCAGAGGUAAAAAUGUGACUGGCUUUGACUUUUUCUUUCUGCCUAAUCAAGCAAAUCCAUUAUUUUGGUAAUACUUGUCUUCUAAUAUUAAAAAAAUGUAUCAAGAUUUGUCUAAAAGUAUGAAUUUAUUUGUCUUGAAAUGAUCCUGUUUAAUGUAGGACAAAUGUGAAAAUUGUUAUCUUAGAAACACAACAUAUCUGCAGGAUAACCAGGUAGUGAUUGUUUAACAUCAUCCCUCUUCAAUAUAAAGUUUCUUCCUUUAGUUAACCCCUUAAACCAAAGAAGUUUCCUUCACAGCUGAAGAUUCCCUGCCACUUGAGUGUUAAUGUAUUCCUCCUGACACUUGUUUUGAGCAUCUUUUAAACAUGCAGGUAUUUCCUUUCAAAAUUUUAGUAUCGUCGUUAUCAAUAAAGAUUUUAUAACAUCCACA